AUUAAAAAUGGCCGACGAACGAGAACCACCCCCAUUUGGUGAAGAUGAAAACCAAAAAGACGAGGAUGACUUGUUUGCCGAGGCCAGCGAGGAACAAGAAAAAGAAAGCUCCCCAGAACCCGAGCCCCAGAAAGUGCCAAUAAAACCAGAUGUUGAUUUAUUUGGAGAAGACGAGGGAGAUGAGAUUAAAUUGAAUGAAUCCGAUGAAGAACCAUCUCAGGAAGAAAAGAAUGACAUAUUUGAAGAUUCUAAGCCUGUUGUAACACCAGAACCAAUCAGUGCACCUCCCAUCAAGGAGGAAACUCCCAAACUUCCUGUUACCCAGAGUUCCUCAGCAGUAGAACCUAAAGUAACAACUACAAGAAAAAAUACUGAUCCUCCAGAACCAGAAAAUCAGUACACACUUACCAUUAAGGUAGCCGAGCCGCACAAGGUGGGGGACGGAAUGGGGGCCUACAUGGUGUAUAAAGUCAUCACAAAGACAUCUAACCCAGCCUUCAGGAAAGCAGACUUGUGUGUGACCAGAAGAUUUAGUGAUUUUCUAGGACUGUACAGUAAACUACAUGAGAAACACACGAAGACGGGCAUCAUUGUGCCCCCAGCUCCUGAAAAAAGUGUCUUAGGAAUGACAAAGGUGAAGAUAUCCAAAGAAGAAUCUAACACAGCCGAUUUCAUACAACGAAGAAGAGCAGCAUUAGAAAGAUACCUGAACAGAACUGCUAGCCACCCUGUUCUACAGAUCGAUCCAGAUUUCCGAGAAUUCUUGGAGAGAGAAGGAGAUCUACCAAAGGCAACCAACACUUCUGCUCUGAGUGGAGCUGGUGUGAUGCGACUCUUCCAUAAAGUUGGGGAUGUAGUGGAGAAAAUUGCUUUCAGAAUGGACGAGUCAGAUGAGUGGUUUGAGGAGAAACAGAAUCAGGUGGAGAGUUUGGAGAACCACCUGAGGAAGCUUCAUAGUAGUAUGGAGUCUCUGACACAACACAGGAGAGAGCUGAGCAAUAUGACUGCUCAAUUUGCCAAGAGUACGGCCAUGUUGGGUACUGCAGAGGAACACACGGCUUUGUCUCGAGCUCUCUCCCAGCUCGCAGAAACCGAGGAGCGGAUCGAAACUGUUCAUGCUGACCAAUCAGAUCAUGAUUUCUUUAUAAUGGCAGAGUUGUGCAAAGACUAUGUAGCACUUCUUGGGGCUGUGAAGGAAGUAUUUCAUGAGAGGGUCAAAUGUUAUAAAUCAUGGAAGGAGGCAGAGGCCACAUUGACCAAAAAAAGAGAGAACAAAGCCAAACUAGAGAUUGCUCGUAAAAUGGACAAAGUACCACAGGCUCAGGAUGAAAUUUCAGAAUGGGAAAUGAAGGUGGAUAAAGGAAAGGAUGAGUUUGAGAAAAUUUCCAAAGCCAUAAGGAAAGAGGUAGCAAGGUUUGACAAGUUUAGAGUGGAGGACUUUAAAGAUAGUGUUGUGUCAUACUUGGAGCAGCUGAUGGAGAAUCAACAAAGGAUAAUGAAGUGCUGGGAAGCAUUCCUUCCAGAAGCCAAGGCCAUUGCUUAGCUCCUAGUCAACUAAGGAUAAUUUUAUCUUACAUUGUAUGAUAUGCUUGAUUUUGUUCAUGAGAUUGCAGAAUUCAGAAUCGGUGCAGACAUCUGACAAGGGGAGAACAAGCUUGAUAGACAAUUGUGCAAUAAGAACAUCUUGAACUGACUGAAAAAAGACAUAAUAUUCUGUUAUUAUGAAGAUUGAUGAUAAUAUACUACAUACAUUCCACUGGAAAUAGCAGUGCAGUGGUCAGCUGUAGUCUAUUGCAACAUUAAUUUUAUGUCAAAUAAAUUAUUACGUACAUAA